AUGUCAUUUAGGGUUUGUAUUCGCAACUGGCGCAUCCUUCUUAGAAUAGCCCUUGUUUUACUGGCCUUCUUACUUUGCCUUUUCUGCGUACUAGCAGGCAUCCGCCCGAACUGGUUUAGUGAACUUUACCUCGUCCGCAUAACUGCAUUCCACGAUGCGCUUGAGAAUCUCGUUCACACGAUUCCUGUUUUCGAUGAAGUGUUAGAUGCAGGACUAGACAAAAUUCUCGAGAAGACAGAUGUGCCUCGUGCGAUUUCAAUCUACGCCGCAAGCUACUGCAGCUUGAGCUCUGAAGUAGAAGGAGAAGCUACGAGCGACUGCUUUGUACACAAGUCGACAUUCUUUGACGUAGCCGCCGGCUUACGUGUAUACAUCGCCAUUUUGUAUCUGCUAGGGGCUACUUCGUCUGUGGCUAGCCUGGUUUUUCUAUCGCGGCUGUUGUGGAAAGACAACCCACGCUACAGAAACUGGGCUGCUCUAUUUACAUUGGUCGCGAUGGGAGCGGCGCUAUUUGCUUCUUUGAUCACUAGUAUGCUUGCGUGCGCCGUGUACAUGAUCUUUUCUGGCAAUCUUCCUAAGUCUCUCCUCUCCGUAACAGUCAGCCCUAGCUUCCUUGUCUCUACAUGGGUGGCCGUCGCAUGCUUGACGCUGGUGUUGUCCACGAUACUGCCUCGAACCUUGUCUCAAAUUGAUUGA